AUGCCCGAAAUUGACUGGAACGUAGAGAACACACGAAUCCUUUGUGGUUUGAUGGCCGAGCAAGUUGAGAAAGGAAACCGGCCAAAUACAUUCUUGAACUCAGUUGGUUAUGCUGCGGUUGAGAAAGGAUUCAAAGAUCGGACAGGUAUUGAAUUGAACAAGGGCCAAAUAAAGAACAAGUGGGACAAAUUGAAGGAAGAUUUCAAGGCAUGGAGGAAGAAAGCUAGAGCUGAUAUUCCAGGCUGCGGGAAGUUUAGGAAGCAGUCACUUCAAAAUGAAGAUGAGUUAACAAUAUGCUAUCAAGGAAUCGUUAAUAUUGGUGCUGACCAUUGGACCCCUUGUAGCAACAAUUCUACAAUGGCUGCAGCACCUACUGGCACACAAGAUGAAGAAGUUGCUGCACAAACUGAGGAUGUUGACGCACUAGGUGGGACACAAGACGAUGAUGACAUUGAGGUUACCCCUUCCCCUAGUAGUGGCAAGAGAUCGGCAAGGCCUGUCCAGGGUACAGGCAAGAAGGCUAAGUCAUGCAAUGCAGUCCUCAUUCAACAAGCAGCCACUAGUAUGGCUAGUUCAGCCCAUGCAUAUGCUGCCAAGAAAGAUGGAAAAUUCACUAUUGAUGAAGUGAUGAAGGCAGUUAUUGCUUGUGGUGCUGCGUAUGGAACCGAUGAACACUACAUUGCCACUAAAUUGUUUAUCAAGAAGGAGCAAAGGGAGAUGUUCAUGACCUUUCCUACUGAUGAAAUUAAGUUAAAUUGGCUUCGUAGAAGUUAUGAUGAUAGGCAUGCACAGUAGGAGUGUUUCCAUCGGCUUGUCUGUUGUAU